ACACUGAACCACUGCUAGUCAGAUAUGCAGUGCCCCGUCGGGAUUAGUUUGCAAACGGAUUGCCUUCGAGUAACAACCAAUCAUCGAUCUCGGCUGCAGUGAUCCGUGCUUUGGUUAUCGCGGGUUCGUGAAUUGAUGGUAUUAAUUAUGACGGAUACAAGCAGAUUCAAAUACUUUUGCCUAUUGAUUGUUGUGUUUUGCAGCUCUGGCUACUGUAAGCUCUACCCAAUUAGCCCAUUUCGAGAUGAAUUACAAACGUCGAUGUUUCCGAACGAGCGACUUUCGCUGGACGAUUGUCACUUGCGCUACUACAAAUACGGCAAGCAAGGCCUGGUAGCUCCGGCCUUCGGGGAGCCGGCAUAUUUGAAGGAGUUUGCCCACAUGGCCGCCAUAGGAUGGACCCUACCGAACGGCACCAUCAGCUGGAAGUGUGGUGGUUCGCUGGUUUGGGAUAAUUACGUUCUCACCGCGGCGCACUGUGUCACAGAUAAUGGUAACGCUCCCGAUGUGGCACGGUUCGGUGAUAUCAACAUUUUCAGCGACGAGGAUGAUCAGUAUGCUCAGCAACUGCGGAUUGUGGACAUUUUCCGACACCCGGAGCACAGGUUUUCCGCUACGUACAACGAUAUUGCACUGCUGAAGCUGGAAGCCAAUGUGACACUUCAUCCCACGGUGGCCCCAGCAUGCCUUUGGAAAGACGACGACGUUCGAUUCCCUACCAUGGAGGCGACUGGAUGGGGAGACACUGGAUUUGUCCAGGAAAGAACCCCCUCGUUGUUGAAAGUGACACUGAAACCGAUCAGCAAUUCCGAGUGCAACAGAACAUAUGGCUUGGUAAACCGAAGACUACGCGAAGGCAUCAAAGAUCAUCAGAUAUGCGCGGGAGACGAAAAGAUGGAUACCUGUCCAGGAGAUUCCGGUGGUCCUCUUCAAGUCAGGUUGCUUCACAAUGCCAAAAUGUCACCAUUUUUGGUCGGCAUAACUUCUUUCGGGACGGCUUGUGGAACGUCCACUCCUGGUGUGUACACGCGAGUUUCAUCGUUUUACAGCUGGAUCGAACAGACCAUUCGCAGCCAGGAGAGCAACGUGUUUGACUGGAGUUUGGAUCCGAUCACCUGCGCACUCCGGUAUGUCCACCUGAGGGAGUAUGAAGAUGAUAUUAUCGUUAGUAAGUCGAAAGAUUACAUAUCACUUGAUUCUACGAAAACACAUAUGACCUUCAACUCAGGAGAGCUCAACCAUGUGGUUAAAAUCGGUUGGAAUAAUCGGAGAAUUCAACGGGAUAACUGCAGUGGAACUCUGAUCGCGGACGAUACCGUUCUAACAUUGGCUGAAUGCACCUCGCAUACCGGAAUUUCUGCAAAUUACGUUGAUUUGAACAAUAACGAACGUAUAGAGAUUGCUGAAACCAUCGUUCAUCCAGCGUACCGAGAGCAGUCACUGUAUAACAAUAUUGCUGUUCUAAAGCUAAAAAAUAGAGUCAAGUUGUCCUCCGCUCUUACUCCGGCAUGCAUAUGGCAUUCACAGAGCAUUCCUGACCCGCAGCUACAGGUCGCCGGGAUUGGUCGUAGCGACAUCAAUUAUAUGAACAGCGGUGCAAAAUUUGACUUAGUUUUCGAACCCACAGAAAGGCUUCUACUACCGCGGGCCAGUGUCAACUCGGACCUAAACUGUACGAUCCCGGUUGAAUUCCAAUCACGCCUUACACGUGGCAUAGCCAACGAGCACCUCUGCGUUGGCAAUCCACUGUUCUUAGUUCCCGGAUCAUGCCGCCUGGUCUACGGAGCUCCGAUGCAACUGCCCAUGUGGCGUAAUGAUCGUUUCUACACCUAUGCCUACGGCUUGAACUCAUUCGGACGAGAUUGUGGUUUUGGCGAAGCUGCCGUAUCGACAAGGCUGUUCUCCCACGUGGACUGGCUGAAAACGAUUCUGCUUCCAAACUUCCGUGGAGACAGUGCGCUGCAAUUCGUCAACCCCGAUUGGAAGGAAAAUGAUUCCUGUGACAACGAGUAUGAUGAAGAUUCACCUGGGAUCUGUACGCACCACACAAAAUGCCCCAAAGUUUGGGAAGACUUCAAAGCAAAAAGGAUCGUACAUUUCUGUUCAUCGGCAAAUGUUGUGUGCUGUCCAACUCAAUUUAUACAGAAAGAACGUCUGCAGGAUGAGCUGGACACCUGUAGUACCCAAUACGCUAGACUUCAUCCACGGUAUAACCGUGUCUACAAAAAAUCAGCAGCUCCGGCGGCGCAUAUGGUAACGCUAACUGGAACAUCGUCUUCUUGCUUGGGAUCUCUCAUCACAAAGCGGACUGUAGUUACAGCGGCCAGCUGCGUUAGAUCGGACAACCCUAGGCAAGCAUUACUGGCAGAUGGUAGCAGUGUAUCCGUUCAGAAAACUACCGUUCAUCAAAAGUACGACGGAACCCGACCGGUGAAUGAUAUCGCGCUGGUGGAAUUGAAUCGCCCCAUUACGCCUAAUGCUGCAGUUGUUCCAACGUGUGUUUGGGCGAAUCUUACGCACACGCCUUUUCAUUUGCGACUUUAUCAAGACAACCCUGAUCGGCCACCCCAGAUGGUACCGAUGUACAACACCGACUGCCAGCGGGACUACAAACGAAAGAUCAGCCUCCAUGAGCUGUGCGCUGACCAAAUCGACCUGGAUGCAUCCGGCAGCUGUUAUACGGUAGGCGAUCAACUAAUGUGGUUCAAUGCCGAUGAUACUGAGCUGAACGGUAACACUACCAUGACACCGCACCUUGUCGGAUUCUACAGCUACGGAGAACAAUGUUCCAACGGCAAUCCAGGGGUUUUCACCAGAAUUGCCUCGUUCGUGGAAUGGAUUCGGGAAAAUAUGUAAUUAACAUUUCGUAUAUAAUACGCGAUUACUUAAUUAGAACGUUGACAGCUUAGGAAUAAAAUAAAAUUAUAUGUAACUAACGAUUGAAAAAUCAAUUAAUAAUUGGUAAUAUCUGGGUCUCAGAUAGCACGGUAUUGUUAUCUUGCAAGCUGUCAUUUCAGCAUGGAUGUGCUAGGUUACGUUGGUCGACGAAGCUCAGUUUGUUCCUUAGGUGAAGGGCAAAGUGACUAAAAACACGGCGGAUAACGAUGGUAAAAUCGGUAAAAUCCAAUCUUCAAUUCUAGACACUGAUCAAUUUCUAAAUUUGAAAUGCCCGUAACUGUCGUUGGACUAUGAUUCAGUUAUUUUAUCCUUAGCUCAGUCAAUUAAGACGUAGCUUUGAAAUAAGGCAAUGCUUGAAGCGACUGGGUUCGAUUCCCCAAUCGGUCUGCAUCCUUCAAAUGUCGGCUCUCUUUUAGGCUGCUGAAUUUUGUUUAAAGAGCGAUGACGACAGCCUAUAAGGCAUAAAUAUGUUCGGCAUACGGACGCCAAGCAUACAAAAGGCAAUAUCUAGAAAUAUAGCACAUAAGCAUUCUUUCGUUUAUAAUGGUUAUGGUAAAUUCUGAUUUUUUAGAAGGCUUAUUAUUAUUCAAAGAGUGCCACCAAAAUAAAUGUAAUAGCCUAUGUUGGCAAGUUGAUUAAUUUUGGUUUCCUCCCUAGAUAAACUACUUAUUUUACUAUUGAGCUUUGUUUCAAAUUAGUUAUUUUACCGCACGUAUCAAUCAUUUCAAAAUUUCGCGACCGUGCCGAACAAAUUCUAAACUACAUAAGCUUAAAAAAAAACUUUUUGCGAAUCACUUAUGCGUAAGCUCCGUAGACGUAGGCGCGUUGAAUCCGGUAACAACGAAUAGUUAAACAUGCAUCAAUACCACAUAAAGAAAGAUCGAUUUUACAGUCACGUAGGGUUGAAUUCAUAGAUUAACAUUGAAUGCUGUUUACUUGCUGUACUUGAACAAAAAGAAAUAAGUUAACUCAAAUGCUUUAACCGCGUAUAUCAGAGAUUUCGCGUAUUGAAAGAAUAAUAUAUUAAUCGAGUAAAAUAAACU